GUUGGCCAGGCUCCUGCCUAUGAGGUGCAGGCCUGUAAGGUCAGGAGCAUUUCAACUGCUGUCGCCUUUACCCUGUGUGAGGAUGCUGAAUUCUUCUACUUUCAGCAAUGCAGUCAGACAGUCGAGGCUCCGACUGGCCGAGCGCACGCUUUCAGUUGCUUCUCCGGGUGUCUCCGCACCUGUGUCGAGUGCUGCAGCGCCCUUUGGAAUGGGAGACCCUAUGCUGGGGUCCGUGACGGCGAGGCAGCCCAUCCCGGGCCCGAUGGAAAUGGUCUUGAAGCCAUUCUUGGGCCAGGGCUGCUUGAAAGUGUCAAGACUGCGAUCCAGAAAUUGGUUGCGCAGGCAGUUCGGCAGUCUCUCGGACAGGCUGGCUUUCCGGCUGGCAAUGCCAAGGCUAACAAGAGGAGAAAGCGAAAGGUCAAGAAGGCUGCCGCCAAAAAAGGUGGAGCUGGGGGCACCCAAGGCCAGGUCCCUCCGACCAGUGCAGAGCCUACCCCACCAGCUGCCAAAGACAAGGGCAAGGGCAAGGGAAAGGGGCAGGGCAAGGGCAAAGGUCAGGACAAAGCCCCGAUUCCCCCAUCUCAGCAGCCCGCCCCGCCUGUUGCUGCCAAGGCCGAGGAAGGCUGGCAAGUUGUUGGCAAAAAGGUGCACAAGCCCGAGGAUUUUGCACUCCGACCCCAAGAUUGGGGGAGCCAGUUCAUCCUUUACGAUGACUUCGCCUCUAAGUUUGAAGCGGCUGACGCCGCAAAGGUCUUCGAGGCUGUUGUACACUGUAGGGCCUCUGAGAUUCCGGUGGCGCGUCGCAUCCUGAAUGCAUCGGGCCGGCCUCACUCUGCCCUGCUUGUGGCGGUCGACUUAUCAAAAAAGGAGCUUCAGGACCAUGAGCUCGCGAAGGAGGCGGGUGUUCGGCAGUCCAUUCCCGGACGCGUCGGGUCUUUUGUCCGAUUCCGUGAUGGUCUUGCUGUGCAAUGCACAUCGUCGGGAUGCAAGCCUCCGCAGCCCAAAGGUUUGUGUGUCUCGAAGCGAGUCGAGAGCAAGGUCACAGGUGUUCUCUUUGUCAAGGUGCCUCAAGCCUUUGCUUCUCCUGAUCGAUGGCAGGCCUUCAGCAAGAGCCCCAAACUUGCCAUUGCCACCUGGGCCACCAGCCAUCAUGUGCAGCUCACUGACUCAUGGAAUUGGGCUGAAGAGCAAGCGGCUAAUGGGGCCAAGCAGGUCUUCGGAGUACUCAGGGCGCCCCUGAGCGACUUGCCCGCUCUCCUUGCCAAGUCCGGUGAAGCCGGAGUCUUUGUCUUGCCGCCUGCUGGACAACGGGAGAAGGUCGUCGUUGAGUGGGUUGACCGCCAUCCCAAGGAGUCCGACAAGGACUACUAUGCAAGGGCGAGCCGGGUGCAGACUUUAGGCCUCGCCGUGCACGGCAACAAACUUGGGUGGAAGAGGCCGAUCACGGCUGAGACACGCUUUCCUCGUGUUUGGCAGCUCAAUGGUUGCCCUAAGUCCUGGGACUUUGUGCAAGCCUCUGCCGUCGUUGAGGAUCACUUCCAGGAUGUCCGCAUGAUUCGUCAGCACACCCGUGGAGCUGACAAAGCCUUCUUGUUUAGGGGUGCGGCCAAGGCUGGCGCUGAAUGUGAUUUGUUGCCCAUUGCCACUCAGGAUGGCGAUGGAUCCCAGCUUAUGUUGUGGGCCAGCCUGGCGCCUGCCAAAGCCGAGCAAGUCAAGCAGAAGCGCAUCAAGACAGGUUCCUUGCCUUUUGUUACGCCCACUCCCGACAUCUUCAUGCCGGUUGUCCAUAGCCUGCCUGUGCAAGCAUGCCAGGAAGCCGCUGCUGCAGAUGCACCCAUGCAAGGUGAUGCCUCACCUUCCGAGGAGACUCCUGCUACCAGGGACACGCCCAAGCCGGUUGCGGCCUCUAGCGACGCCGCUGCAAAGAGGCAGAAGGUCACAGUCCGCGAGGUGCCCAAGGGUUGUGCUCUGCAGGCGGCCGCCAAGGAUGGCAACUGCAUGUUUCAUGCUGUUGGUGAUGGAUUGCGCUGGCUUAGGGAGCAGCCAAAGAAAUUCCAUCACCUCGACCUUCGCGCCCGUGUUGCCGAGCACCUUGCCAGGCACAAGGAUGAUUAUGAGCCCGCUUGGUCUAGCGACGGCCGGCCCGGUCCUGAUGGCACUGCCCUGCCUGACUGGGAUGCCUUUGUUGCCCAGGUUGCCUUGCCUGGCAAGUACAGUGGCGAAGCUGAACUCAAGGCUUUGUGCAGGCUUUUCUCAAUUCGGGUCAUUGUUAUCCCUGCUGACCCCAACUGGAAGGUCUGUUCCUAUGGCAAGGCCAAGUGCAAGGAUGUUGUAGCAAUUUAUUUUGCUGAAAAGCACUUGGACUUUGUGAAGCCUGAAGGCAGGUAUACCAAGGACAUCUCAGCUGUUGUUGCUGAUCCCAAUGGUGGGUUUCUGGUCGGUGGCGUCAGUGAGGCUUGCUCCGACUCUUCUUCUGAGAGCCCGGUUGGGGCUGGACUGUCACAGGCCCGCACCUCUGCCUCUGGCCUUACCAAGCCCGUUGGACCAGGCAUGUCACAGGCACGCACCUGCACUGUGCGCACCGUGCCUACUCGCAAGCCUGCCUCGGUGCGGAAAAGUCACCUUAAGUCCUCUGCAUGUGGUAGCCGGGCUGCUAAGCGCCAGCUUGACUCUCUUGUUGAAGAGUGCAGUGCCAAGCCCAGGCGGCACUCGGGACGCCCUUCGCUUGUGCAGUGGGUCCAAGCAGGCUAUGCCAGGUGCAGUUUGUGCCCUUUCAGGUACAAGACCACAGACGCCAAGGUUGCCCAGGUGAAGCUUGCUGCACACUUUCGUACCCACCACAAGGGAUGCAAGCCUGCAGGUUUGGGCGUGAACAAUCGGACGCCGUCCCUGAUCUGCGACCUGUCACCUGAUCAGGCGGCGGAGUGGCGCUGUCCCUAUUGCAGCAAAGGGAUCAGCUUUGAGGCUGCCCGGGCGGCAGGACGAAAGCGAAUUGCAUCCAACAAAAUGCAGCAUAAAAGGGAGUUUCAUCCGCGUGUUGCAUGGCAGAAGUGGAGGGGUGCUGAUUAUGUUCGCAGGGCCGGCUGCGCCACCGAGACCCGCUUCCAGGGAUUCGAUCUGCUUUGUGCACAGACUCGACCGCACCUCCUUGCGAGCUUCCAAUUCUUUAGGUGGCCUAACUGGAUCGGCGCGGUUGGUGCCAAGCAGCAGGUCAACCCCAUCAAGUUCUGCCCUUCCUGGGUCUGUAAAACGUGCCACGCCCCGUGCAGAAGCGUUGGAGAUGCUGAGCAGCACCUUAAGGAUAAGUGCGCCCGCAGGCCUUCGCCUGGACACCUCACAUCCUUGGUGCGGAGGAGACUGCGUAACCUCGCUGCGGACAAGGCCCGCUUUGUGGCAAGCAGAGUUGCUGGGGAGCAGCGUGCCCGCGGCCUUGAGCUUUUUGCCACUGCCAAAGAGGUCUUUGAGCGGAAAGGGGUUAGCUGUGGAGCCGCCCUCCGCCCUUUGCUUGAUGCCUGGCGCAUUGAUCUUGUUGCUCUGUCUGAGGCUGACGUGAGUCCUGCAUCCGGGGCUGCCUGGGUCAGGGAGUGGAAAGCUGCUGGGUGGCAUGCUUGCCUGAGUGCUCCUGCCGACAAUGGGAUCUCCAGAGUUGCUUUGCUUAGCAGGCUUCCUUUCAAGCCCGUCCAACUUUGCCAGCACGAGGGCCAAGGACGACAGGCUUCGGCCUUGAUCGAUGUGGCCACUACAUCGGGCACUGAAACCCUCCUCUGCGUUGCCACCUACUUGCAAAGUGGGCAGAGGGCUGCUGCCGAGGCCCAGCUUCAUGAUGUCUUGGCGGAGGUGGACCACUCUGGUCGAAAGGCACUCAUCUUUGGUGACUUUAACCUCGUCCAGCAUGAGGGUCUUGUUGCUGAAGUUUUGCAGUGUGGCCUUGCCCUUGCUUGUGAUGACGCGGCCCGGGGGGAGGAGUUGCCGUGCACAGGUCCCUUUGUUGAUGGCAGCCGUCGACGCCGUAUCGAUUACGGCAUUGCCCUGAAUGGCCUGGUCUCCACUGAGGUCCUGCAUGUUCCUGAGGGGGAGGUUGGCGCCCUCUCCGACCACCGUGCGGUGGUGUACCACUUCCAUGCGGCCGCCCCCGAGAUGCUGUCUGGUGCCCCCCGGCGCCGUAUUCGCCUGCCUGAGCCGUGCCCAGAGGACUUUGUGUUUCCGGCUGAGGCCGAGGCCCGCUUUCAUGAGCUCCUGCAUCAGGGGAUCGAUGAUGCCUGGACCUUUGCUUCUGACUGGGCCGAACAGCUCCUCUUCGAAGCGGCCAGGGAAGAUCAGGUUCCCCGCAGCGAGCAGUGGAACCCCAGGCGUCCCAGGCGCCGUCGUGACAGCGAUCGCGACCUUGACCAGUCGCCUGGCCUUCGAGCUUUGCGCCGUUUGCUCCGCAAGCUUCAGCUUUGCGUGUGCCGCCCGUGGGGCGCUCCCCUGCAUCGGGCUUGUGCGAUGACCUGCGCUACCACGCGCUCCCUUGUGCCAGAGCUUCCCAGGCUUGAGUGUGGCAGUGCCUUUGCCGUUCAGCAGGUUGAGAGCCUUGUGGCGGAGCUUGCCAGUGCCGAAAAGAAACUUCAUCUUAGCAGAUGGAAGGCCCGCAUGCAGUUUGACAUUGCCAAGGUGAGGGCGUACGUCAAGCGCAAAGCUGACGAGCAGCUCGCCUUCGAGACAGUGCCCCCCUCUGUUGAGGAUAUUGUGGGGAGUUGGCACCCAGGGGUUGCAGUGCAUGAGCAGGCCAGCAAAUGGACUGCAGCUUGGACCGUCAAGGGUCCUCCUGAUCUGACACAGGUCGACCGGGUCCUUUCUUCGUUGCCUCGACCACCGGAUGUGCCACUCUGCAUCACGGUGAGUGCGGAUGAGCUUCGGAGUGCCACCCUUGUCAUGAAGCACAAGGCUGCCGGGGCCGACGACUGGCUGCCUUGUGACAUUGCAGCAUUGCCGCGUGCCUGGUUUAAUUGGGCUGCCCAGAUAUGGGAACGCAUUUUGACUUUGGGCCAGGUACCGUCCAUCUGGCGGCGGGCCAGGGUUACCCUCAUUUGGAAGAGCCGCCGAGGCACCCGCCCCAUUACGCUGCUCAAUGCCGUAUGGAGGGCCGGGGCACGUGUGAUCCAGGCCCAGCUCAAGCCGUGGGUCCAAAGUUGGUGCGAUCAUCGCACUGCUGGGGGUGUGGCCGGCACUUCUGUGCAACAUGCGUUGAUGCAGGUACGCCAGGCAAUGGCUGAUGAGGCUGGUUGUUUUGUCCAGUUGGACAUUGCUUCGUUUUUCGAUAGCAUUCAUUUGCGCAUCCUUGAGCGUGCACUGCAGCACCUGCGGUUUCCACCGGCGGUGAUGUCUGUUCUUCUUGACUUUUUUGCUGGGGCUGAACGUGUCUUCACCCUUUCUGGGGCCCACACUUCUCAAUGGGCUGUCAUUGAUCGUGGUCUUGCACAGGGUUGCCCUUUGAGCCCGGUCCUUGCCUCAGCGCUGUCGCAUCUGUGGGCUUCCUAUGUCGCCAGUGAUGGGCGUCUGGGUCAGGUCGGGGCUUUGGCCUACAUCGAUGAUAGGACCUUGUGGCUGCGCAAGGGCCGCCCGGUCAGCUGCAUGCGUGAUGCCCUCCUCAGGUCUGCCGAUUUCGACCGUGCCUUCUGUUUUUCGCUGUCCUUGGACAAGUGUGCUGUGAUCCCUAGGACCCCGACCAGAGAGCACUCCGCUCUUGCUGAGGCCUUCGGCUUUAAGGAGGCUGCUGAACUGGAGGUGCUUGGGGUCCGUGCCCCUUUCAAUGGUGACUGGACGCUCUUGAGGCUUCGAGUUCGCAAGGUUGCCUUGAGAGUCCGCCUUCUUGGGUGGGUCACUGCCAAUCGUAAGAUUCAAAAGCACUUGCUUCUUUCGUUGGUUGUGCCUCCUUUUGCGUGGGCGGCUGGUUUCGCCAGGCCGACUGCCAAGGAUUUGACUGAGAUCCGCUCGGAAAUCACCCAUGCCUUCCAGAAGUCCUUCUCGCGGGACUUUGCCAGGGUCUCCUUCUUCGAAGCCCUUGAUUGGCAGCUCCAUCCUGACUUUGCUUGCGACCUUGGUGCCCUCCGGGUGCUUUGGAAGGCCAGCGUCCAAGUUCCUGGAUGGUUGGACUUCCUGCCGAUCAGUCAAGCCCGCUUUAGGUGGCAGGUCCUCAUCCCUGAGGCUCCAGGCGUGUUGCAGAGGCUCGGUUGGGUCAUGGACUUUGCUGGCUCUGAGCUUCAACGCAGGGACCGUGCUGGCCGCCUUAGGGUUACUAGGCCCGGGUUUGAUGGGUUCCAGGUUGUCUACCAGUGGCUCAGGCAGCAUUACCGGCAGACCCUUGUUGCUCGGACCGGCCGGGUCAAGCACCGCUACCACCGUGAUAACCCCAGCCGUGCUUCGGGUCUUGACCUCCCUGCUCCAGUUUUGAACGUUGAUUACCACUUCGACGGCCUGCACGCUGCGCUGCAAAUUGGCCUCCGCUCCACGGACCUUUCUGCUGUUGGAGGUGGUAACUCCUGUUGGUUCUUCAAUGCCCAUGGUGACUUUCCUGACGGCCAUCCUCGGUGGCACUGCUUGUGUGGCCGGGCUCAGCCAUCCCGGGUGCAUUUGCUGUGGAGCUGUGAGUGCACGGAGCAUUUGCGCACUUCCUUGCGUUUGCCGAAGGACAGAUGUGAGGAAAGACUUCUCCUCCAGGGAGUUCCUGAGCAACCUCCGGCACCUCCAGCGAUUGACCCGGGGGAUUUCCAUGACACUUUGGUGCAGGCGAUCAUUGAGCAGCUCCGACAGGACCCUGCAGUGCUUUACCUUGCAACGGAUGGCUCCGAGCAUCUCGACGUUGGCUCUUAUGCUGUGGCAAUCCAUCCUGGUGGCUUCACCUGUGCCGCCGGCAAUGGGGAUGAGGACCAGUCCUCUUUCAAGCAAGAAUUGCUGGGCUUCGACUGUGCGGCCAAUGCGCUUGUCGAUGCCGUUCGUGACACCGGGUGGACUGGGAGAGUUGUCUUCGCACUUGAUUCUCAGUCUGCCUUGAGAGUGGUGUUGCGGCAGGGCCAUCGCUUUUGCUUCUUGCUUGGCCUGGUGGCAAGGACGCAGGCUGCGCUGACACAUCUCGCCACUUUGCAGGUGCAACUUACCUUCACGUGGGUUCCCUCGCACGGUAAGCGUCCCAAGUGGCAGCCACCAGCUGGCUUGUGUGCUGAUCGCCUUCGUUGGCUCAAUGACUGGGCUGAUCAGGCUGCCGCUGACUGUCGCCGCCGACGUGGAGGUGGCCGAGGCCGGGAGGAGUGGUGGCGUCUGCGUGAGGCUGCCGGAGCCUGGGAACUCGGAGCUAUGCAGGCACUUGCUGCCGCCGGCCAGCUGCUUCAUGUUGAGCUUCGUCGUCAUGGCCUUCGCCCCCGUGAGCGGCCCCUUCCGGUCGCUGCUGAGGAUCCAGGAGGCUAG